AUGUGUGUGAGCAUGUGAGGAGAGGAGGAGGAUGCGGCUGCCAUGGUAACGAGGGCUGUGUAUGGAGGACAGCAGCCAGUCGCAGGCAGCCACAGAAAGAUCUAUCCUUUUUUCCUCAUUCCACUUCCACUUUUCCGAUAGAGAAAACGAUCUCCAGACCAGGCGUUUGAUCGCGCUCCCGUCCCUCCUGCCUGACGCUUCAAACGCUUCACCUCACGGCACUCUCAUCAGACGCAGGAGACACACUCAUCUCCAGGAUGGCAACCAUCACCUGCACGCGCUUCACAGAGGAAUACCAGCUGUUUGAGGAACUGGGAAAGGGAGCCUUUUCUGUGGUGCGGAGAUGUGUGAAAGUUCUCUCAGGGCAAGAGUAUGCUGCAAAGAUCAUCAACACAAAGAAGCUAUCCACUCGGGAUCACCAGAAGCUGGACAGGGAGGCUAGGAUCUGCAGACUGCUGAAGCAUCCCAAUAUCGUGCGGCUGCAUGACAGCAUCUCAGAGGAAGGUCACCAUUACCUCAUCUUUGACUUAGUAACGGGUGGUGAGCUGUUUGAAGACAUUGUUGCCAGGGAAUAUUACAGCGAAGCAGAUGCCAGCCAUUGCAUCCAGCAGAUUUUGGAGGCAGUACUUCAUUGCCAUCAGAUGGGUGUUGUGCACAGAGACUUAAAGCCAGAGAACCUGCUUCUGGCUUCCAAAUCCAAAGGUGCAGCUGUGAAGUUAGCAGACUUCGGCCUUGCCAUUGAGGUUGAAGGGGACCAACAGGCUUGGUUUGGGUUCGCUGGCACUCCUGGUUACCUUUCCCCUGAAGUCUUACGGAAGGACCCCUAUGGAAAAGCUGUAGACCUAUGGGCUUGUGGUGUGAUUCUCUACAUCCUGCUGGUUGGAUACCCACCCUUUUGGGAUGAAGACCAGCAUAGACUCUAUCAGCAAAUUAAAGCUGGCGCCUAUGAUUUUCCUUCACCUGAGUGGGACACGGUCACCCCUGAGGCAAAAGAUCUCAUUAAUAAGAUGCUGACCAUCAACCCAUCGAAACGCAUCACUGCUGCGGAGGCACUCAAGCACCCAUGGAUCUCACAUCGCUCCACUGUUGCAUCUUGCAUGCACAGACAGGAGACUGUUGAAUGCUUGAAGAAGUUCAACGCUAGAAGAAAGCUUAAGGGUGCUAUUCUCACCACUAUGCUGGCCACCAGAAACUUCUCAGGAGGAAAGAGUGGGAUCAGCAAGAAGACAGAUGGUGUGAAGAAAAGGAAGUCCAGUUCCAGCACCCAGCUGAUGGAAUCCUCAGAGAGCACCAACACCACGAUUGAGGACGAGGACACCAGAGUGAGGAAGCAAGAAAUCAUCAAAGUAACUGAGCAACUCAUUGAAGCCAUCAGCAAUGGAGAUUUUGAGAAUUACACGAAGAUGUGUGAUCCCAGUGUUACGGCGUUUGAGCCCGAGGCCCUGGGAAACCUGGUGGAGGGGCUGGAUUUCCAUCGCUUCUACUUUGAAAACUUGUGGUCGAAGAACAGCAAGCCGGUUCACACCACCAUCCUGAACCCUCACAUCCACCUGAUCGGCGAGGAGGCAGCCUGCAUCGCCUACAUUCGUAUCACGCAGUAUCUGGACACAAACGGUAUGCCCUGCACUGCCCAGUCAGAGGAGACACGGAUCUGGCAUCGUAAAGACGGCAAGUGGCAGAUAGUCCACUUCCAUCGCUCGGGCUCUCCGUCUGCCAUCACUAAAUAAGACAGUCAGCUGAACAUACCAGAGUUGCAGGAUCACUGGCUUGAGGAUGUACAAGCUCCCGGCUUCUCAUCUCAUUCCUUGAACUUCAUUGGCCCUCUGCUUUAUGGUGUCAUCACAUUCACAUUAGCAUUUAUUCUCAUUGCUCAGAACACUUCUUUAUGGAUAAACUAUGACGAAGCGCUGUCGCAACCCCCGCUGCGUGGUAUCAAUGUCCGUUCGUCUUUUUUUCAGGCAUCUUGGUUACGUUUACAAAAUUAACCACCGCGUUUUCGGCCAUAAGUGCUACAUUUGAAGGUAUUCGACACAAAUGAGAUAUUUGGGACUACGACUACAUUCCAAAAGAGAUCCUGUUUCCCGCGUUUCACAGCAACCACACGGACACCUAGAUUUUACUUCUACUUUUUAGACAUUAACUAGUCUUUCGAUCUUUCUGUAAUAAACUCGAAUGUAAUCUGAUUGAAAUGAAUGUUUGUAUAUUUAAAGAGUGAAUUAGAACGGCUAGGAAUAUAGCUAGUAACGUGAAUGUCGCUGGAUAGAUAUCAACGGCGCGAUUUCCAGACAAUCGCCAUCGAACGUUUUCUACCGAGUUUAGCGAACAGCAGUGAAUUUCAGUAUACGUUUGGCCCUCGAAAUCAAAGCUGCAUCUAUGGCACAAAACACACACACACACACACGCUCCAUUGAACCCACAAGAUCCGCACUGCAAGAACAGAUGGAUCAAGGGGGCUGAGCAACCCACUCAACGAACUGUUGCUUAAAGUUAAAGUCGGUGCUGAUGGCGGCACGCAAGAGCUCUUUUCUUUCAGCCGUACAGGGUUUUCGAGAUCCGGGUCUGGUGUGGUGUGCUCAGAGCACUUUGACAAAGUUCUUCCAGUAGAGCUGGUGUAUUUGUUCUUCCUUUUGUAUUUAGGAUUCAGGGAUUUUUUUCUUUUCAUUGCAAAAGGAAGUCUCUUGAAAAAGUUCUCAAGGGAGCGUUUGAUGUCCGGGCUUAACUUCUAUUCAAAUUCAACGAGAGAAAGAGAGAGCUUUCAAUAAAUCAGCGCUGACGUGUUGUCUUUUUAAGAUGCUCUGUUUGCUUGAUCAGUUUCGCGAACAAUCAAAGUUAUUCGAAGGCGGAAGUGGACUUUGCUAACUCUUGUACAGUGAUGCUCAAAAAGACCUAGCAUUUUAACUUGUUGAUAUUGUAUUCAGAUAUAUUGCUGGUGGAUAUCCGUUAUCUGCAGAGCGACUGCUAUUCAGAUCGAUCUCUGUCUUAUCUAAACAUUUGUAAGGUAUAUUAAAAAUGUUUUUUGCAUCUUAUAGGCACAGAUUAAUAAUAAUUAUAAUAAUAAUGCGUGUUCGGAUUUACUAAAGCAUCAUUUUUAUUAGUAAAACUGUAUGAGCUUAGUCAGAUUUGUCAAAUAUCGCUACUUGGUUCUUAGUAUUUAUUUUGUAAAGCAAGAAUGUUACCGUGAUGAUUGUAUGCACGAUUUUUUUUGUUGUUUGAUUCAUUUCUAUCAGACAUUUUGCCAUGGCUGUAUAAAAGCUGCUGCUCAUCCGGUGGGAUCGUGUGAUCAAUGCCGUCAACCAACUGUAAACUUUACUCUUCUUUUUCCGCUUAUAUUUAAACACUUUCAGGCUACUUGUGACAUAUUUGACGACGAUCCGUUCUCGAUAUUGAAUUAAUAUUCAAUUGUCAUUACAGAACCAAAGUUUUUUUCCUCCUUAUUUAACUCCUUAGAAAGACAUUUAGAGUCGAAGGAAACAAAAUGCAUGGAAACCUUUUCUACGUCUUCUAGUAACGUGGUUCAUCGUGAACGGCUACUGAAAGAGAGUUGCUUUGUGGCCUCUUUGAUGUUUUCGUCUUCUUUAUCGUUUUCGGAACAGUUUACGAAAGGCCUAACGGCAUCUUUUGAUAGUUUUUGACGUAUAUACUGUGUUUUGUUGAGGCAUGCUGUUUUUAUCGUCAAAAAGUGGGUGGGUACGAUAUUGUUUUCUGAGUAAAAUGUACUUUUUGCAGUUUGGCUCUAAUGCAACCGGGCUUAUAAAUAAAAGUGCUUUACAAAGUA